AUGCCUUCAGUUACGGACAGAAGAGUGUACGAAGAUCAAAUACCGCCUUUUAUGACAGUGUUUGAUCUGGAUGCCGAGACCAUGGCAGAUCAGGACACUGUGACACUCAUGGACACCAAAUUCGUCGACAUGGAACCAAAGCGACCUGGCGUGCUGGGUGCUCCUCCUCAACAUGGCCUUGGCCCUAGCAUGAUGCCUGUCGACCCAACACACAAGCAUCACGAUAGCACAUCGACACAGACCUCCGAGUCGGCAGACUCUUCACCUACAACGACCUUGUCUACAACCGACUCUUCGCCCCUCUCAGAUGCGUCUCCCUCGUCUUCUCCCGAUUCUCCUAUGAAUCUUAUUCCCCUCAACAAUUAUCCUGCCACGAGCUUCGGCGACCUCUCUACCAAUCUCAGCAGCACAGCCACCACUACUCUGUUGAGUGAGCCUCCUCGGCUGCAGCGACCAAUGACAUCACCCUCACCUCGAAGAGGCCGCAAUAUGAAGGGCCUUUCUAUCCAACCCCCAUUCGUUGCCUCGACUUCAACGACAAACAUUUCGCUGGUCUCCGAGCCUUCUUCUCCAUCAUUUAUCAAACCUACGAUUCCUGCUAUGAGAAGAAAGCCUAGCCAGUUGAGUCUCAAGACCAAUACUUCUGACUUGAUCCAUAAGACCACCCUGGAGGUCCCACCCUCACCAGCCAUGCCGAUGCUCCAGCGUCGAGCUCUUAAGCAUUCUUGCUCCUCACCUCACAUGUCUUCCGGCCUUAAGUCCGCGACCUUCGGUCCACCUGGCGGUAUGACUUUCCCCAAGGUAUUGGAAAGAAACGAAUCCGGACUUUCAGAAGUAUUGCGACCCACAAAGUCGAGUAUGAAACCAACCUUCCAUUCUGCGAUUACUGAGGAAGAUUCGCCAAUUCGUACCCAGAUGGCCAUUCGAGAUGAUGACCCCUACCGCGAUAACGAGAACAACGAGGACAUGAAGACGCCAGGCUACCCUGAUGGGCCAAUUGCGAUCUACGGAGACAAUGUUUUCCUCUACUCCGAACCCACGGCUGAUGAAGCAUCGCGGUUUGACGUAGUCAUCAAUUGCGCUCGCGAAGUCAGCAACCCUUUUGAGAUUCGCAAAGUGGCCCAUGAAUCAUCGCAAUCGCCGUUCCAGUCUAUGCGACGCCCUGUUUCUGGAAUUGAAAGUCCCAUCCCCGAUACUGCUGUGUCCACAGCCAGCUUCAUGACAGCCUGGGAAUACCCCCAGGAGGAUUCAGCUGACACACCUACCACACCAAAGGCCUUUCAGUUUAAAGAGCCUGAAUACAUCCAUAUUCCUUGGGACCACAAUACCGACAUUGCGCCGGAUCUUAUGGAGUUGUGUGAUGUUAUUGAUAAACGGACAAAAGCUGGCAAACGUGUGCUUGUCCAUUGUCAGCAGGGCGCCAGUCGAUCUGCGAGUCUGAUCAUUGCCUACGGCCUUUUCCAGAAGCCGCAUCUCACCGUGAAUGAUGCUUACUACGCAGCUCAAGCAAAGAGCCAAUGGAUCAGCCCGAACAUGAAACUCAUGUACUCGCUGCAGGAUUUCCAAAAGGAGGUGUCAACUAAGCGAACGGCGCUACCGCCACACCGUCCCCGUCCUGGCCGUAGCCCUUCAAAGCAUAGAAUCACACUCUCUGUUGAUGCUAUCGACAUUGGAACCAAGGAGCCACAGACUGCUCCUCUUCCAACACAGAACGACGAGUCGAAGGACUCGCACUUGAAUCCGAGCCAGAAUCGACUUCGCGGUAAUUCAACACCUGGGCCCCGACCGGUCUCACCCGGCCCUGCUUCAGCGCCCCCAACUUGCACCUGGAAAGACGAGGUUGAGCAGCACUCGUCAGAACACCUGGAUCCUUUCAAACUUGGCGACUUGCCCCAGAGGCCCGUGUCAAGCCAGGGCAAGGCACCACCAACUCUAGCCCCGUCUCCCAUGAUGGACUCGAUCAUGAAGCCUCCACCUUCGCCUGGGUUCCCCUCUCAGGCAAGCCUUGGCUUCCAGACCAUGACUUUUCCACGAUUUAACCCGGCACCGUCGGAAAUGAGAUUUAGUGAUGCGCCAGUGGAGAGAACGAUAACUCUGCCUGGUUCAUACCCGGAUGAUAAUGCUCUAUUGUCACCGAGAGCCGAGACGAUGACUAACAAUCCGCUUCAUGAUGUCCAUGAGGUUGCUGGGAUGCGAUUCGUCGAGAGCCCACCAACCCCAAGCCAAGGCUUGUUUUCUCCCCGAGCGGGCAUGUUCCCUCGAGACCCUUUCUCGACCUUCGGAAGACCACCGGUCGUUGCAGAUCCCAGGAGUCCACCUACAAAAGGCGAGACACCUAUUAUUCGAUCAAUUGAUGAUCUCUUAUGA